AUGACAAUCCUUGGGGAGAUUACCGAUCUAUAUCAUGCGCGCAACCACCCUCGUUUUGGGACGAAGACAGACUGGGAUCACCACGCGCUCGAGAUCAGUCAACAGCUGGUGGUAUAUGGGCAGUCACUUCAAGAGUUACGAAAUCGCGCAGUGAAUGAGGCCAACGCUGAACGCGAACCAUCACACCCCGACACACCAUCCGGCCGGUCUGUCAACUCUACUAUGUCCAGGGCGCAAGAGUCAUUAAUGCAUGCUAAGAUUGUGGAAGCGUAUGGUACGCAUCUCAUGCACACGCUUCACAUUCUGCUCAAUGGUAAAUGGGAUCCUAUCUCGCUACUUGAUGACAACGACCUCUGGAUAUCUUCGCAAAGUUUCGUCGAUGCAACUGGUCAUGCGGUAUCAGCCGCCGAAGCAUUGAAUGAGAUUUUGGAAUACGAUCCGGACCUAAGCUUCAUGCCAUUUUUCUUCGGCAUUUACCUCUUGCAAGGGAGUUUCCUGCUACUGCUCAUAGCCGACAAGCUGCAAGGAGAUGCAAGUCCGAACAUCGUGCGAGCAUGCGAAGUGAUAGUACGCGCGCAUGAAGCAUGCAUCGUCACCCUCAAUACCGAAUAUCAGCGAAAUUUCCGCAAAGUCAUGCGAUCUGCUUUGCAGCAAGUGCGCGGCCGCGGCAUGGACGAACACGCCCAACUUGCGCAACAGCGUCGGCGCGAAAUGUUGAGUCUCUAUCGUUGGAGCGGCGACGGCACAGGGCUCGCACUCUGA